GCCUCUCCUUCCCGCUUUCAAGCCACCAUAGCCCAGCCGGUAGUGCCACCAAGCCCUCGGUACCUCCCCGGUGCCAGCCCUUCCACAGCCCGCCCGAGCCCCCCGCCAGCCUCAGGCGCCCGGGAAUGCCUCCCCGGCCAUCUGAAUCCCCUACAAGGCACGGGCGGCCCGUCAGAGCGCGGCCAAGGCCCCCUGACCUCCCCCAGCCCGGAGCGGCCCCGGGAGCCGCCAUCGCCACAUCGCCGGGACACGCCGGAAGUGCCGCAAGGGCGCCGCCAUUGGUCCGUCUCAAACACGCCCCGCCCGCCGACCGCCCGGGAAACGCGGCGGGAACAUUAGUUCCGGAUGGAAACGCGGCGCAUCCCGUUCCCAGCCCCGUACCGGCCGGGGGUCACCGGCGGGGGACACCCUCGAGGGUCCCGAGGGAGGUGCUGGAAGUGUCCUGGAUGUGCUCCCAGCCUUUGUGCUGGGCUGGUGUGCUGGGUUUAUGGCGCUAGGUUUCAUAUUCUUCCCAGCGGCUGGCACAGCGCUGGGUUUGGAUUCGGGAUGGGCGAUCUGCGGCCGUGACGUCACAAAAGGGGACAUGUGCCACCACCCCCUGGCUCCCAGUGCGGCCACGAUGGGACACGGAUGAAGCCAUGAGUUUCCUGCUCCCCUCGCUCGUCCUGCUGGUGGCCGGUACGGCCGUCCUGCUGGCCACCCGCAUUUGGAAGGCGCGGAAGCGCCUCGGGAGCCGGGCCGGGGCGUCGCGGUGCUGCCGAGCGGCCCCGGGGGCUCCCGGUGCCCCCCGGGCUGAGGAGCCCCCUCCCCAGGGCCCGGCUGCCCCGGAGAGCCCCCUGUACAUCCCUUGUGGCUGCGGGCCCUGCUGCACCCCCUGUGCGACAGCGGCGCGGGAGCUGCAGGACCUGGUGACGGCGCUGUGGCCCGAGGUGUCCUUCCCGCGGGACUCGGAGAUGUGGCAGCUGUCGUGGGAGGAUCUGGAGCAGCUGCUGGAGCAAGGCCACCUGCCCUGCUGCGCCUCCUCCUGCUCCUCUGAGAGCCUCCAUCCUUCCCGGACUCCGGCUGGAGAAGGCGCCAUGGACAGGUCGCGCUGCUCCCUCACAGCCGCGGGCAUGAGGAGAAGCCGCUCGUCCCUGAGGAUGCACGUGGCCAGGAAGAGCCUGGAAGUGAAGCUGAGAGCCCAGCCGCUGGCAGUGAGGCGGUCCCAGGAGCGGCUGGGGCAGGGGGAAGCGUCAUCGCCUUCCUCCGAGAGCCUGCCCGGCUCCGAGAGCCCCGGCGGGAGCUGCCAGAGCCCGGACGCGGAGGAGGCCUCGGACAGGUCCUGCAGCUCCGCCUGCUCCGCGGAUAUCAGCGGGGCCCGCUCGGCCCUGAGGAUGCACGUGGCCAAGAAGAGCCUGGAAGUGAAGCUGGGAGCGCGGCCUGCUGCCGUGAGGAGCUCCCAGCGGCGGGCAGCACAGCAGGAAGCGUCCCGGAGCCCCUGGAGCCCGAGCCGCAGCUCCCGCAGCGCUGCAGGGCGGCCGAGCCGCUCCGAGUCGGAGAAGAUCCUCCAGAGGCAACGGGAGCUGGAGUUCCCUCACCUCCGGGGGGCUCCUACAAGCAGGAUGAGGCCCCUGCUGGCAGCUCAGAUGCUCCUGAGGAUGCUCUGUUUUAAAUAA